AUGGGUCCACAAGCAGAAUUUCUGGAGACCGUCCUUACAUGUAAAGGGAAUUUUUAUGCGCCAGAUUUUUCAUCGCGUUUCGAUGAUUUAAAAUGUCGCCUUCAAAAAUUAGUUAUACCAGAUAAUGAAAAAAACUUUGAAGUGAAAAAAGUAGAACCUUGGAAUAGUGUCCGCGUUACAUUAAAACUACCGGCAGAUGCUGCAUACAAAUUGAAGCACUUGGCAGAACAACGGGAUGGUAUAUUACGAGAAAUGGGGGUUCUUGCGGUGCAGAUAGAGGGAGACAGUGCUAUUUCAUUGACGAUGGAUUCUACAAGUCACUCAAAUACAAAUGUGCUAAAUGAUAAUAUCAUUUGUUCUUCGUCUAAUACUUGUCCAGUAAAAAAUGUGCCUUCUAACGAUAUAUCUAAAUCACUUUCUUCUAAUGUCAUAUUUGAUGGCAUGCCUAACUCGAUGUCAAUGUUGAAUCAAAUAUCUCUGACAGGGACCAAAUUAAAUGAUUGUUUUCAACAACAGGCCAACAAUGUACAUAAAUCACAGACUAACCUCUCAUGUACAACUUUUAAUGCACUUGAGAAUGAUUGCAAAGCUGUUACACCAAAUAUAGGCUACAUCAAUGAUAAAGUGUCUCCGAAAAAUAUUCAUCCUACUAUGCCUGUAUCUUCGCAACAUUUAUUGUCAUCAUCUACUUCUAGUAACUUGGGAAUAUCAUCCUCGACACAACCUAUAAAUUUACAUGAUGACAGCCUGAUUGGUUCUCAAAAUAUUUCUUCUUCUAGUCCUCUCUUGGUUAAUUUAUUAAAAAGUCCUGGCAACAGAACUAAUUUCAAUAGUUCAUCAUCACAAGUAUCUACCCAGAUCAUUUGUGAAGCUAUGGAACUAAGCUCUUUAUCAACACAGAAACGAAAAAGAAAUCAGACUAGAAAGUCUAAAAGAUUCAAAGAGAGUUCUGAUUUGAAUUAUUUAUAUUCUGAUAUUGCUGUCAAUUGCACCAAAGCUUCUAGUUUUGGUUUAUCAUCUUCUCAGUCAUCAUCAUCAUCCUCCUCCCUAUCUACAACACAGCAAAAUGAAUCGUUUGGCACUUGGAAUCAGACAGCAGUUACAAAUGAUCAUGAAUUUAGCUCGAUGAAUGCAACAAAUUUUUCAUCUGAUUAUCAACAAAAAUUGAAUAAUAUUUCAUCAGAACAUUUAGACAAAUGUAAAGUCCCAUCUAGUUAUAACAAUUUGAUGACAAAUGUUUCAACAAAAGCAGGAACCAGUAUAGCAAAUGUUAAUAGUAGUCAUUCCUAUUCUCUUUGCCAUAAUAAGAAUCAUGUGUCAUUUCUGUCAACAUCUUCAGCAUCAUCUGUUGCUGUUGAUUCUUCACAAAUGAAGCACAUUGUUUCUAGUCAGACAUCACCAUCUGUCAGUCACUUACAAAUGUCUAAAUAUUCAAAUUCCUCUAAUCCAAAAAUAAUGAAUAGUUAUGAUCAGAAAAAUUCUUUGAAUAAUGUUAUGAAAACAUCUACUUCGUCAAACCUUUCAAAUAAUUUUGUGCAGACGCCAUCAACAUCAUCUUCAUUUUCGUCAUCUACAUCACUUAUAACACAAACAUAUAUUCAAAAUUUUUUAAAUCAUAUUUCAAUUGACUCACAAUCGAAUUUGUUGUCUACUGAAAACCUAUUAAACACUAAUUCAAGUUUGUUAAGUUAUGUGACAAGUGUUCAUUCUGAUAGGCACGUUGUUCCUUCAACGGCAAGUACACCGUCAUCAACCUCUCUUAGCUUACAACCAUCACAACCUUACAUUAAUGCUUCACUAGUUAAUUACAAACCAGGCCUGACCUUGCAAAAUAGUCUGCCUAAUUCUUUGAAAAACAUGAACGCACAAAUUGAUCAGAAAGUAAAUCUUAAUGAUACGUUUGGGGAAAAUGGAAGAAUUCAAUUCCACAAUUUGAUCAGGCCAACACUGAAUGAUCAACCAACGGAACUCACCAUUAAAACAUGGCCCACUAGCAAUUCCAGUCACUUUGCCAGUGAAAAUAAAGAAGAAUUGACAAAUGUUUCAAGCACUUCAUUGCCAGUCAAGUUCUUAACAACUAAUGUCACAAAUUCUAUCAGCAAUGAUGCACUAUGUAAUCAAAUUAACCACUUGUUAAGUUUAAAUCCAAAUUAUACCCAAAUUUUAAAAGAUAUAAUGCCAAAGCUUUCUGGUUCACUGGUUAACUGGUCUCCAACAAUAAUUAACAGCUCUCCAAUAAAUGGUCAUCAGCUUCAUCUCUCAAAUUCAACAGUUGCAACAAACAGUCUAAAGCACUAUGCAUUAACUACCAACUUUUUAUCAUCAAAAAAUUUUAUAAAAUUAUCUGAAGAUCACUUUGUCAAUCCUACUAAUAGCAAUUACAAUAACAUUUCCAAUGUUAAUAACUGUCAUUCUGGCUUCAACAGCUUUGCAGAAAAUUCAGCAAGUGAUAGUACAGUAAAACAUGGUACAUCACCAUCUGAAAUUUCACAAUUUUCGUCUGAUGUAAAAUUUGUGUUCCAAAGUACAACUUCAACAUCAGUAACAUAUAAUGAGACAGAAACCAGUUUGCAAGCAUCAAAUUCUAACAACUCAUCUAAAUGUCCUCCUAUGAAAAAGCCUUGCAAAAGCACUGAAGAUUCUCUGCCUCAAAGAUCAAAAGCUAACUUAACUGUCGCACAAUUGUUAGAGCAAGUUGAAAUAGCUAAACACAAUCAGCUUUCGUUACCUACUUCUGCCUCAUUAAAAUCAGAUGUUUCUAUUGAUGCCUGCAUUAGCACAACUAAUUCAAACCCUUCCAUAGUUCAACAUUUCUGUGCUGAUGACAACAAUGACCUCAAACUACAAAAACCCAUCCAAAUGACUGUAGCCCCUGCGAUGCCUUAUUCUGACAGAUGUUAUCCCACAAAACCAAACUAUAAUUCUUUGACAAGAGCUUCAUUAGAUCCUCUGCCAAUGCCAAUAACUUCGCCUGGGUAUCCACACAAUUUAACGGAAUCUGUACAAAGAGUCAUGGGAGGACUGGACUUUCAUAAUUCUCCUCCAUGCUCUCCUUUGUCUUCAAGUGUCAAAUUUAAACCAACAUCAACACUUCAAAGUACCUUGCAAGUUAAAACUUGGUCUGUCGAUGUUCAAGCUUCGGUUGAAUUACCUAUCCAUAAAGUUUUGUCAACCUACUCUCCACCUAAUUUUUCUAAUUCUCUUUCUGAAGAUAUAUUGUCAAGUCAUGCAAAAUAUAACUCUUACGAAAUAAAUUCAAAAGAAGUCAAUGAUUGUGAAAAAGUGCCCAAUGUUUUGGAGCUAGAUAAUGAUAAUAGAAACUUGCUAGGAGGAGUUGAUGCUAGUGAUUUUGAUUUUGUAUUUAAUGUGGAAGACGAAAAUCACUUGGACAGCAUUAUAGCUUCCAGAGAUUAUGAUGACAUUGAAAGGCUGGCAGGUACAUUUGCUUCCAACAUUGAUGAUUGUGAUAUAGAUGAGGCAAUGCUGAUUGGGGAGGAUGAUUCAGAAUCAUUGGAACAGCAAGCGCAUUUAAAAGAUGUAUCCGAUUUGAUUAAGAAUGACUAUUUGACAAUUAAUUCAGUUAAAACUAGUGAACAAUGUCUUAACACUGUUUGUCUGCCAAUUGCUGAAGAUUCAAAUGGAAAUGCUAAUGGUCCUGAGCAUCAAAAUUUACUUACCAGUAGAAAUGAAAAUACAUCUGAAGAAAGCGGAAAAACAUUGGAAGAGAAUGGCACAGAAAAUAAACAUGACAUAAAUAAUCUUGGCAAUUUUAAUCUCUCCAAUAAUAAGAAAAUAAAAAGAAAAGCCGUUGCAUCAAAAAAAGAUAAUUCAAAUAAUAUGAUAGCACAUGAAAAUAAAAGUGAAUCUUUAGUUGAUGAUAUAAACAAUUCAAAUGUAACUAGAAUGUCUACAAGAAGUAGUAAUAAAGCCAAAUGUAUGCCUGCAUGCUCAUCAACAACGACAAACUGCCUAUCAAACUCCAUUGAGCCCCUGGUUGUGUUAACACCUACCACAAAUAUAAGUCUUAAAGAAAUAAAAAAUGAUAACAGUACUAUAUCAUCAACAACAACAUCAACAAGAAACAUUAUACAAACUCCUCGAAGAUCUGGUAGAACGAUAAAAAAAACUGAACUUGCUCUUGAGUUAACACCAUCAAAAUGUUCAGACAAACCUAGGAGAACGUCUUUGCGAGAACAUUACAUCAGCAAAGAAUCACAUGCAGAUCAGAGCAAACCAAGCAAUACAACUAAAAUUCAAAUAAUAUCUCUAAGUAUUAAGCAAGAUAAUCAAGGUAAAUUGCCAAAAAACAAAAGCACCCCAACUCUGAGACGACACAAAAGCAACAAUUUGAGUCAGACUUUAGUUUUGAGAGAAACAGAUGAAUCAAAUGAUGACAUACAAGUCGACAAGAAGGACAUGAUUGAAAAUGACAGAAAUUGCCUCAGUGACGAUACACUUGAACUUUCUAUUUCAUCAGGUAUGCUUUUUAUUAUUUGUUGUAUUUUUCCAUGA